UAAUUUUUUUAAUGGCGUAUUUUACAAAAUUAAGUUUUUUGUUUGUUGGUGUUGCUUUAUUUUUCAAGCAAGUUAAUUAAAUUCUGAUUGUGUUCUUUUUUUAAACUAUAUACAAAUUUUAUAAAAUCAAAAUCAGCUGGUGUGCUUCGUAUAACAUAAGAUAAAUUGUAAAAUACAUACUAUAUGCAAAUCUUUUCGGAUAAUGAUACCAGAGAUUCCAGUUGAUUUCCUCAACAGAAAAUACAAAAGAAGAGAAAAAUUCAAAUAAAGGAAAUCAUUAUGAAUACAAGCUCUGGAAUUCAUUUAGACUCAAAAAUAAAUAUAAUUAGAAAUAGUCAAAUAAAUGUUAUCAAUGGUACUGAUUUGGAUCGUUACAUAAUAAAUAAUAAUAUUAAUAUAUAUAAGAAUAAUAAUAUAAUUAGUGGUGGCGAUAAUAGUAUAAUUGGUGGCAAUGGUGAUGGUAUUGUCAAUGGUAGUGAUAGUAAUGUUAAAAAUUUGACCUAUAGCUACAUAAUGUCAAUUAUUGAGCAAUAUUCGACAAAUCGUAGCAUAACAGGUCCAUGGUAUAACAUAUUAAUAUUAAUGUAUUGUAUAUUAAUAAUAUUUGGAGCUAUGGGUAAUAUAUUAGUUGUGAUAGCUGUCGUUAGAAAACCAGUAAUGCGAACAGCCAGAAAUUUAUUUAUAUUAAAUUUAGCUAUAUCUGAUUUAUUGUUAUGUUUAGUGACGAUGCCUCUAACAUUAGUUGAAAUUUUAACAAAAUACUGGCCUUUAGGUAACUUUACAUUUGUAUGUAAAAUUAUGGGAACAUUACAAGCUGUUAGUAUAUUCGUUUCAACAAUUUCAAUAACAGCAAUCGCUCUAGAUAGAUAUCAAGUUAUAGUUUAUCCAACACGAGAUAAUCUUCAUUUUAUUGGAGCCAUUUUAAUUUUAAUAACAAUUUGGUUACUCGCUAUUAUAUUAGCUUCACCAAUGUAUAUAUUUCGUGAGCUUGUACAUGCUGAUAUACCAGCUAUUUUAAAACCAUAUGGUAUUAGUGGUUCUGUUGCAUAUUGUAUUGAAGCUUGGCCAUUAGAACAUGGUCGAGUAUAUUAUUCAGCAUUUUCAUUCAGUUUUCAAUAUUUAUUACCAAUUGUAAUUGUAUCUGGUGCAUAUAUACGAAUUUAUUAUAAAUUAAAAAAUCGAGUACCAGUUGGUGUAGGCGCUGUUAAUAUUAAAUCAGCAAGAAGAGUUGAACGUGGCCGACGAAUGAAACGUACCAAUUGUUUAUUAAUUAGUAUAGCUGUAAUAUUUUGUGUAUCAUGGCUUCCAUUAAAUUUUUUCAAUUUGUAUGCAGAUUUAAUGAAAAUUCAUAUAACACAACAAAUACUUAUUGGAUAUGGUUUUUGUCAUAUGAUCGGAAUGAGUUCUGCCUGUUCGAAUCCUUUAUUAUAUGGAUGGCUGAAUGAAAAUUUCCGUAAAGAAUUUAAAGAAUUAUUAUGUCGUUGUAAGAGUACUUCUAAUAUUGAUCUAAUAAAUGGUAAAACAGGGUCCAGUAGGAUACGAAGACAGACAAACAAUACUGAAAUAACCCAUGCUGAGCAAAAAUUAUUGGAUAAUAAUACAACAACAAUUACAAAUAACAAAAUGGGUAGCUCACCACAACUAACAAGUAAUGAUACAAGAAUGUCAACUGAAUUAACAGUUCUAGUGCGGUAAGGACAAAUGAAUGAUUCAUUGUUGAAAAUUUGGAAAUUCGAAAAAAAAAAAGAAUUGGAAAAUAUUGAAAUACAC